AUGGCGUCAGCAUUGACUCACAUCGGAGGAAUGCGUGUCGCCACCUUUCGCCCAGAACCCACCGCCACUCUCAGAACUCCCGCGAGCCAGGCUUCGUCCGUGUCAUGGUUACCACCAGCCGGUAUACGCCACUCCGUGUCGCGAGUUUCCGCGGUUUUCGUCGGCCCGCGUGGGUCCAGCCACGGCUGGUCGCACGGAAACAGCCGCUCGGCGCGCUUAGAGGUGACGGCGAGGGCGGGAGGCGCGCGGCCGCGGCCCGCCGGUGCGCGGCCGUCGCAACGGCCGCCGAUGAGACGGCAGCAGCAACAGACGGAGGAUAAGGACGGACCGCUGAUGAACAGUGAUAUCAGGGUGCCCACGCUGCGGCUGUUGGCAGAGGACCAGAGCCUGCUGGGGAUAGUAUCGAGAGAGGAGGCGCUUUCUAAGGCCCGAGAGGCCGGGCUUGACCUGGUGAUGAUAGCAGCGGAUGCCAAACCCCCUGUGGCACGCAUCAUGGACUACAGCAAGUUCCGCUACGAGCAGCAGAAGAAGAAGCGCGAGCAACAGAAGAAGGCUGCUGCCAGCCGCCAGGAGAUCAAGGAGCUCAAGAUGAGGUACAACAUUGACACGGGCGAUUACAACGUGCGCCUCAAGCAGGCUCUCAAAUUCCUGCACGACGGAGAUAAGGUGAAGCUGACAGCGCAGUUCAGGGGGCGCGAGAUGGAGUUCAAGGAGCUGGGGGUGAAGCUCUUUGAGAAGUUCCAACACGACGUGGCUGAGCUGGCAAUCGUGGAGUCCAAAGCCCAUCUGGAGGGGCGGUCGAUGCACAUGGUGCUGGCACCCAACAAGGCUGCUCUGCAGCGCAUAGCGGCCGCCGAGGAGAAGAGCCGCCGCGCCGCAGAGCGCAGCAAGCGGACCGAGGCGCGCGGAGGGGCGGUGUCUGGGAGCGAGAGUGACGGCGGGGAGAGAGCGGGGGAGAGUGAUGUGGAGAGCGAUGGGGAGGAGGUGGCAGGAGCUUCCCCCCGCCAUGCCUCCGCGCUCUACAUCGUCCGCCUUCGUUCCGCCCCGCCCAUCGCGUCGUACCGCGGGGGAAUCCCCGGCUACCCGGCAACGGCCGCGUGGGCCAGCGACCCGAACGGCAACUCGAAAGAUGCGACAGCAGACGAUCCAGCCAACGGUACUGACGGCGCAGCUCCCUCAAAUUCCUCAACGGCCGCGUGGGCCAGCGACCCUAACGGCAUCUUGACAGAUGCGACGGCAGACGACCCUAACGGCAACUCGCCAGGCACCGCCGCAUCAGACCACCACACCGGCGAUGGCGUCGGCACUGCGUCUGGUGCUUCUGUCACUGCUGCGGCUGCGGCCACUACUCGCGGUUCAGGAGGGACCAGCCGUCGGCUGCGGCGGCCGCGGGUGAACGUGAGGGCGCCGGGCGUGAGGGCGUUCAAGCAGCUGCUGCAGCGCAUGCAGCAGGCCGUGCUGAGAGACAGCGGGGUGGCCGCGGGGAAGAUGAUCUAUAGCUACAUGCACGCGUCGAACGGCUUCGCAGCGAUCCUCACGGCAGCGCAGGUGCAGCGCAUGAGGCGGCACCCCUCUGUGGCGUCCGUGACGCCGUCUCGCACCAUCACACGCCGCCGUGCUGUCACUGCCGCCGCCGACGGGCACAAGUCUCUCAACCUGCCCCACGCCCGCACUGCUGGUGCUGCCUCUCCCGCUGCUGCUGCUGCUGCUGCCGCUGCUGCUGCUCCGGCUGGAGUGUCGAGUGACGGUGAAGGCACGGUGAUUGGGAUUGUGGACAGCGGUGUGUGGCCGGAGCACCCCUCCUUUGAUGACACGGGCUACAGCAGCACGCUCCCUGCCGGGUGGGCGGGCACGUGUCCCACUACAAGCGACUUCGCUUGUAACAACAAGAUCAUCGGAGGGGGGGAGUUUCACGCGGGGUUAGAGAAGAGCAGGUAUAGCGACUGGUUCGACCCCACCCUCAACUGGCUGUCCCCGCGGGAUUCUGAUGGCCAUGGCACUUGGUGUGCUGGAGCGGCAGCGGGCAACAGCGGCGUGAGCAUGCCUGGCUGGGACACGGUCAGUGGCGUGGCUCCCAAGGCACGCCUGGCCAUCUACAAGGUGUACUGGCACAGCACGCGUACUUACGACAUGCGCGCUUCAGAAACAGACGUCUUUGCAGCCGUUGAUCGGGCCGUGGCGGACGGUGUGGAUGUGCUGACCCUGUCGCUGGAUCUCUCGUCGAACGGAAAGAUUAUGGGCGACGACAAGGCCACCGGAGCCUACUUUGACGAUGUGCCUUUCCUCGGCGCCCUUGCGGCCGGAGUGACUGUGGUCCUGGCAGUGGGCAACGGUGGAGAGGCCCAGUUCCAUUACAUGUAUGGGACUCUCAAGUCAGCAGCAGCAGCAGCAGCGGUAGAAUCUCCAGCAAACACCACAGGCCCAGCAGCAUCAACACAGCUGGGAACCCCACUCCCUGCCACCAUCUCCCCAGCAGACACCGCCCUCCCCAUGGUUCCCACCUGGUCCUCCACCGGCCCUCUCACCAAACCCGGCUGUUCGUUAUGCCGCCCACAGAAGCUCCUCCGGCGCGCCAACGCCAUUCUCAAGCCAGACAUCAUCGCCCCGGGAACCAGCAUCCUUGCAGCUAGGCCCGGGCAAACGGUCGGCGAGACGGGGUCGUUUAGCGGUUAUGGUGAGGAAACUGCCAUCUCUGCGGCGCUUGUUGCUGGUGUGGCUGCUCUGAUCGUCCAGCAGCAUCCUGAUUGGUCGCCCGCGCAGGUCAUGUCUGCAAUGAUGACGACAGCUGGCCGCACUGACAGCAGCAACAGAGUGAUUCGGAAUGUGAAUGGGGAACCGGCAACGCCCUGGCAGAUGGGAGCGGGGCAUGUGUUUCCUGCUAGGGCGCUUGACCCCGGGCUGACCUACGAUGCCGGGGAGCAAGAUUUUCUGAAUUUCCUUGCUUGGCUGAACAUGAAGCUGGCUCGGAGGGUGUUGGGGCCGGUGCAACUGACACCCGGUGGUGCCAUCGCAGUUUACCAUAGCGCCGGGGCAACGGGUCAGUUUCACGGUGAAGGUUGUGGUGAGGAGGAAGUUCAAAAGGUUCAAGUACGGCAGCCUCACGUGGGAGGAUGA